UUCAUGCAAUAAAUGGUAAAUGCCACUAUAAUUUAAAAAGUUUAACUUACUGAAAUUAUUACUGACUACCUCUCAAAUUAAAUGUUUGUGAACUAUUUUAUGUUUAUACCUUAAUUAAUAUUUUUAUUUAUAUAUAUAUAUAUAUAUAAAACAAAAAAAUAAAUGUUAUAUCAUGUAAUAAUGACUAUAUGUUCCUUAAGUCUAAAAAAUAUUUACGCUAAAUAUAAAAUUUUUCUAGAGAAUAGGUUAGACUACUAAAAUAGGCUUGAGGCUCUAUGGAAAAUUCGAGUAUGUAUAUAUGAUACGAUAAAACUCAUUUUUCAUUUAGAAAUCUAGUAACUUAUUCUUUUAAUUCCAUUCAUUUAUAUGUAAUAGAUAAAUCAAGAAAAAUAUACGUCAUAUUCUUGUUUGUAACUUUCUUGAAAUUGCAAUUUUAAGUGUUUUCUAGACAUGACAUAGCAUUUCUGAUUAGACAAUCGCUUCUAAGUACUUGAAGUGGAUAACGAAUUUUCAGUAGCUAUCUGAUAGCAGUUGUAUCGCCAUGAAUCGAAUAGUGAUAUUUGGAGCUACAGGAAAUACCGGACUAUGUGCUUUAAAUAGCGCUGUAAAUAAGGGAUUAAAUAUAAGAGCAUUUGUAAGAGAUGAAAGCAAAGUACCAACAAAUUUAAAAGAUAAAAUUGAAAUAGUUGUUGGAGAUGUUACUAAUGCAGAACAAGUUUCAAAUGCAAUAUCUAAUAGGGAUGCAGUGGUUGUUGUGCUUGGCACACGGAAUGAUUUAGGUCCAACUACAGUAUUGUCCAAUGGUAUGAAAAAUAUAAUAGAUGCUAUGAAAGUGCACAAUGUAGAAGUGGUAUCUGUUUGUUUAUCUGCAUUUUUGUUUUACAAACCUGAAGCAGUGCCUAAUAUAUUUAAAGAUGUAAAUGCAGAUCAUCAGCGAAUGUUCGACCUUCUUAAAGAAAGUAAAUUAAAAUGGAUUGCAAUAUUACCACCCCAUUUUACAAAUGUACAAAGAUCAAAAUAUGUAGUAAAGCAUGAUGAGUCUCCUGGUCGGACUAUUUCCAUAUAUGAUUUAGGAGAUUUUCUUAUUGAAAGUCUUCAACAACCAGAACAUUAUCAAAAAGUUUGUGGUAUUGCUAACAUUGCAUAAUAUAACAAAAACUACAUUUUGUAAUGUGGUCAGAAUUAAAAAAUAUUUUGGAGAAUAUUUUCAGCUUUUAGUCAUAUAAAAAAAUAAAUAGGUAAUAUGAAAAGGCACCUUCUAAUUUGUACAAAAUGUAUUACAUUGAAAGUAUGCAGCUAUUGAAAAAUAUUUGUGAUUUUAAAUAUCUAUUGGAAUGGUUAUAAUUUCUUGUAAAAUAUGAGGAUGUGUGCAUGAGAAGUGUUUCUGUAUUUAAAAGCAAUUAAAAAAAUAAUUUUUUAGAUAAAUAAAUAAAUAAUAUACAUUUGUGGAAUAUAAAAGAAUCUUGAAAAAAAUAAAACUGUUACUGUGAUGAUAAUCUUUUUA